CGCAGUCAAAGCGGCAUUUUUUCCGACGAUAGAAACAAGCAAUCAUGGCCGAUGUAGAACUGGAUUCUGAGAUCAAGGUAGAGGAAACGACCCCUGCAGCUGAGGAAGAAACCGAGGCAGAGCAAGAGCAAGAGCCAGAGGUAGAGCCGGAGCCAGAGGCCGAGACAGAACAAGAACAAGAACAAGAACAAGACGAUGAAGCAACCGAAGAGACUACAAAUGGCGUUAAAACUGAAACCGAGGAAGUCCCCAAGGACAAAUUGGAAGGAAAAGAGAAGUCUGGCGGCCGAAAAUCAAAUCGUUAUCAUCCCUACUCUAAGGACAAACACUCAGGGCCAGGGGACAAGAAGGGCGCUCACAGAAACCGAGUGUUCAUUAGCAAUAUCCCUUAUGAUAUGAAGUGGCAGGCUAUUAAAGAUCUAAUGCGAGAGAAAGUCGGUGAGGUUACAUACGUGGAGCUCUUUAAGGAUGCUGAAGGAAAGUCAAGGGUAAGUGAUGUGGACGACUUGCUGCGCGAGGUUUUAAAUACCCUCUGCAGUUUCAUUUUGUGUUCCUUCUGGUAAAGAUAUCUCAGGCGAUGUACAUGUGAAUUUGUUUUUAAACUAGAAGGGAAUUGUCCUAUCACUGUUGUUGGCUUUGUAGAGGUUUGUUGAGGUUUUUCUCUCAAAUGUGACUGGAAAACUAAUCUGAAAUUCAUAACUCAAAAAGCACAUUUAAGUGUAUUAUUGUGAAGUUCUCUCAAUUGGUGGUUUUCAAGAGUGGUAGCUCCAAUUUGUCAAUGGCAAUAAGAGAUGAAGUGAAUUGUUAGCAGGUGUUUCAUUGAUUGAUGAUUGUCAUCAAAUAUGGCACUUGUUUUGUUACACCUGAUGUUAUGAGUGUUGCCAUGUAUCUUUUCAAUUGACUAAGUACCUCCUUGAGAAAAUUAUUGGCUUUUUUUGCAAUUCAUAACUUCUUUCUUCCCACAGCUUCUCACAAUGUACUGUCCCAUUUGUUUUAUGACUCACCAUAAAUGUUGAUAAAAGUAAUGUAACAUGACCACUAUGUCCUCAAAAAAAAAAAAGUACAUAUUUUCCUAUGUGUAUUUUGGUGUUCAAAAUUCUCUUUUCAUUGUACAUCAUCAGACAUUGUCAAUGGAUUUGAUGUGGUUACAUUGUGUUACUCAAAAUCUAAUGAAAGCAUUUUGUCUGUACUUUCCAUCGGUGACUAUUUAUCAUUUAUGUCCCUCUGGAUUGAUUUGGUGCUGUUUGGAUCAUCCAAUGUCUCACCCGUAGGGUUGCGGUGUUGUGGAGUUUAAAGAUGAGGAGUUUGUGAAGAAAGCUGUCGAGGUCAUGAACAAGCAUGAUCUGAAUGGCAGACCGCUCAAUAUCAAAGAGGACCCUGAGGGGGAGCAUGCGCGCCGGGUGCUCCUGCGUAGUGGAGGACGGGGCGGAGAUGGCGCUCCCGGAAUCAACAUCCCUCCCGCCAUCGCCAACAACCCCAACAUCCCCCCUGAGAUCAUCAAUGGCCUCCAGGGAGGAAGGCUGGGCUCUACUGUUUUUGUCGCCAAUCUUGAUUUCAAAGUGGGUUGGAAGAAACUCAGAGAAGUCUUUUGCAUGGCUGGGACGGUGAAAAGGGCUGACGUUAAAGAAGAUAAGGAUGGGAAGAGCCGUGGAAUGGGAACGGUCACUUUUCAGCAACCUUUGGAAGCUGUCCAAGCUGUCUCUAUGUUCAAUGGACAAAUGUUGUUUGACCGGCCCAUGCAUGUCAAAAUUGAUGAUAAGUCUCUUCCCAUUGAUGAUUUUCGUCCAGCAGAGAAAUCGCCUCAGUUGCCAAGGGGUCUUGGAGGCAUCGGUAUGGGUCUUGGCCCUGGUGGUCAGCCAAUAAAUGCCAACCGAAUCAGUGGAGGAGGAGGAGGCGGAGGAGGAGGAGGAGGAGGAGGAGGAGGAAUGGGAGCCAUGGGACCUGGAGGGAUGGAUGGUCCAGGAUAUGGAAUGAACAGAGUGGGAGGAAUGGGUGGUGGAUUCGGGGGCAUGGAUGGCAUGGGCAGUAUGGGUGGCUUCGGAGGCCGUGACAUGGGUCCCAUGGGAAGGAUGGGAGACAUGUACCGGUCUGGUAUGGGAAUGGAUCGUGAUUUUGGCAGGAAUGACAUGGCAAUGAAUCGUCCCUUCGGUGAUGCCUUUGGACUAGGCGGAGGGAUGGGAGGCUAUGGAGGAGGCAUGGGCGGAGGCAUGGGCGGAGGCAUGGGGAAUGCUGGCAUGGGUCCAAUGGGGUCUGGUUUAGGCGGUGGGAUGGGUAACAUGGGCAUGGAGCGCAUGAGCGCCGGCUUCGACAGGAUGGGCGGCGGCAUGGACAUGAACCGCGGCUUUGGCGGCUUCGGCGGCGGUGCUGGUCACAUGGGCGGAGGAAUGUCCGACAGGGGAUCCGGAUCAAAGGGCGGAUGUCAGAUAUUUGUGAGAAAUCUCUCUUAUGACCUUACCUGGCAGAAACUGAAGGAAAAAUUCAGCCAUUGUGGUCAGGUGAUGUUUGCAGAGAUCAAGAUGGAGAAUGGGAAGUCGAAAGGGUGCGGUACCGUUCGCUUUGACUCACCAGAGAGUGCAGAUACGGCCUGUCGGUUGAUGAAUGGCACCAAAAUUAAUGGCCGUGAAGUCGAUGUUCGCAUUGACCGAAACGCCUAAAACAUCGUAGUAACAAUAAUCACCCAUCACCCUGUUUUUUGUUUUGUUUUAAAAACACAUUUCCAUAAGUCUCUGCUGUUGUACCACAUGCUCAGUGAAUGACACCACCAGCCUCAGUACCUGGAUGUGUAUAAGGUUUGUUUAUAUACCGUGAUUUUUUUCCCCCUUUUACUUUUUUGUAAACCCUUUUUAAUUUGUGGGCCACCGGUUUAUUUGAAUGACAAAAUAAACUUUUUAAUUUUUAAA